CCAUUUCUCUCGGUGUCCUCUAGAGGCCGCUGUCCAGACGCGUGCUACUCGUUGACUCACAUGUGCUCGAUUGAGUUUGGCCAAUCAAAUGGUGUUUUCACACACGGAAAGACCCUUCACGUUUGUAGAAGAUGGCGACUGCUGAACCGGAAACUUCAACAAAUCCAACAAAUUCAGAAGAAGAAAAAAAUGACGAAAAUAAACAAGAGAUAGUGAGUCUUGAAGAUUAUAUUAAACAUCCUCUGCAGAACAGAUGGGCUCUUUGGUUCUUUAAAAAUGACAAAAGCAAAACAUGGCAAGCUAAUCUCCGUCUCAUCUCAAAGUUUGACACAGUGGAAGACUUCUGGGCGUUAUACAAUCACAUUCAGUUAUCAAGUAACUUAAUGUCAGGAUGUGACUACUCCCUCUUCAAGGAUGGCAUUGAGCCCAUGUGGGAAGAUGAGAGAAACAAGCGGGGCGGCCGCUGGCUGAUCACCCUGUCCAAACAGCAGCGCAGAGCCGACCUGGACCGCUUCUGGUUGGAGACACUUUUGUGCCUUGUGGGAGAAGCAUUUGAUGACCACAGUGAUGAUGUCUGUGGUGCUGUCGUCAACAUCCGAACAAAGGGAGACAAAAUAGCGAUAUGGACGACAGACUAUGAGAACAAAGAUGCUGUUGUACACAUAGGGCGUGUGUAUAAGGAAAGAUUAGGUGUGCCUCCAAAAGUCAUCAUUGGAUAUCAGUCACAUGCGGACACAGCCACAAAAAGUGGUUCCACCACCAAGAAUAAGUUUGUUGUUUAAGGAGCCUUUUAAACAAUGCUGCAACAACAGUAUGAAACUUAAUCAAAUUCAAAUCUUCAUCGGGAGAGACAGACAGACGAAAACAAAACUGACCUGGGAUCUGACCUUUCACAGGAUGCUGUGGGGGAAACACUAGGAAAUUAAAGGCCUUCAGAUAUGUAGAUGGAAGGGUUUAAUCAGAGGAAUAUUAUAUUUACAAAACUGUACAGUGUAUAAAAACAGAGCCACGUUCUUUUUUUUUUAAAUGUCAGUGUACUAUUAACUAAUCUUUUGCUGGUGGGGAUAGGAAGUGUGUUCAAUUCAAUUUAUGAAUGUUUUUCUUUCAUAUUCUGUUUGCCUUUUUAUGUUGAGUUGCAGUUACUAAAUCUUAAGUGUAAUUUAUUUAUUUUUUAUUUACACUUCUGUUUUGGAUUUAGUUUUUAAGUGAUCUGGACAGUAAACCGAUCAUGAUAAUUCUAAUUACACUAUUCAAAUAAUUCUUGUAUUGCAGCUUGAGAAUGUCAAAGGUUGAUUCUGUUCUAAGACUGUUGUAUAAAUGUGUAUUUUUGCA